ACAUGCUCUGAGACACUGGUCGGACUCGGACUUCACUCCUGUAGGCCUAUUUUAUUUGGCGACCUGCAGGUUAUUUUAUUUGGUCUGAGCAUCGCCGCCGGAGCGCAGCGGGAGCAGGACAGCCUCACAGCCUCAGGAUGAAUGUACCUGCCGUCAUGUUGCUCAUCCACUUGACCCACAUUCAUUUGAAAGCUCUGGAGACCAGCUGGGUGGAAGAAGGGGUUAGAUGCCCUCUUGGCCAAUUCCCAUGUGGAAACACGAGUGAGUGCCUCCCUCAAGUUUUGCAGUGCAAUGGACACAAAGACUGUCCCAAUGGAGCUGAUGAGAGACAGUGUGGGGACAACAUCGGAUGGGCAGAUUUAUUUGCCCGCACACUACAGAAGACUAACCCUUUGGACCAGUACUUCCUCAAUGAGUGUUUAUUGCAGGAGUUUCCAGAGAGCUGUGACUGCAUACAGACAGAUGUUGAGUGUGUGGAGGUCAGCCUGCAGGAUGUUCCGUCGCUCUCGCCAAAUGUUACCUGGCUGUCCCUGAGGAGCAAUGAGAUCCGAGUGUUGUCCGAUUUUGUUUUCUCAGAAUACUCUGCCCUGGAGAGACUGUUUCUGCAGAACAACAGCCUCCACUUCAUAUCUAAGCAUGCAUUCAGCAGUCUGCACAAUCUAAAGAGGUUGUUUCUCAGUGAGAACUUAAUCUCCUUCCUCAGUCCCGGUGUGUUCGGGGAUCUAAAUCAAUUGGAGUGGCUGAUGUUGGACCAUAACCCGCUAAGCAGCUUGUCCCAGGACACCUUCACUGGGCUCCAGUCUCUCAUGUAUUUGUCCAUGGUGAACACUUCACUGCAGCAGCUUCCUCAUCCAAGCUUCUGUCAACACAUGCCUGCCUUGGACUGGCUGGAUCUUGAGGGAAACCAGAUUCAAACUCUUAACUACUCUAUCUUAAAGACAUGCAGCAAGCUUGAAGUUUUGUUACUGAUAGACAACAGGAUUAGGACAAUUCCCGAAAACACCUUCCAGUCUCUGUGGAAGCUGGCCGAACUGGAUCUGUCUAGGAACAGGAUUAGGGAGCUGCCAAAAAACACCUUCAAGAGUCUCUCCAAUUCCCUCCUUAAACUAAAUAUCUCCCAUAAUCCUCUCCUCCGUAUUCAUCCAAGCCAUUUCCACCACCUGACACAUCUUCAGUCUCUAGCGCUGGAGGGAAUUGAGAUCGCAGAUAUUCAGACUAAGGUGUUCCUUCCCAUGAAGAACCUCUCCCACAUCUAUUUCAAGAAGUUUCAGUACUGUUCCUAUGCACCUCAUGUGAGGUCCUGUAAACCCAACACAGAUGGCAUCUCUUCUUUUGAGGACCUCCUGGCUAACAUGGUGCUGCGGGUGUCUGUCUGGGUCAUGGCCCUCAUCACCUGCUUUGGUAAUCUGUUUGUCAUCGGCAUGAGGUCGCUGAUUCGUGCUGAGAACAACCUGCAUGCUGCCUGCAUCAAAGUUCUCUGCUGUGCUGACUGCCUCAUGGGCGUGUACCUGUUUUUUGUUGGCGUAUCUGAUGUAAAAUUCCGCGGUCAGUACAACCGUAACGCCCUGAUGUGGAUGGAAAGUGCGGAGUGUCGGACCAUUGGAUUCCUGGCCAUGCUCUCCUCAGAGGUGUCUGUUCUCCUCCUGACCUACCUGACUCUGGAGAAGUUCCUUGUCAUUGUUUUCCCUUUUAGAAAUUUGCGCCCAGGCAAAUUUCAGACCGGGGUGGUCCUGGCCUCGAUCUGGCUGCUGGGGUUUAUUAUUGCAGCCGUGCCCCUAAUGAAUGAGGACGUCUUUGGGAACUACUACGGACGUAAUGGGGUCUGCUUUCCCCUGCACUCUGACAGGCAAGAAAAACCUACUGCCAAAGGAUAUUCCACAGGGAUUUUUCUGGGUCUAAACCUGGUGGCUUUCCUGGUGAUUGUAUUCUCCUACUCCAGUAUGUUCUGCUCCAUCUAUAAAACCGGCAUCAAUGCCACCGACCUGAGGAGCGGACUGCACAGAGAUGUGGCUGUGGCCAACAGGUUUUUCUUCAUCGUGUUCUCUGAUGCCCUCUGCUGGAUUCCUAUAUUUUUGGUGAAAGUCCUCUCGCUGCUGGAGGUGGAGAUCCCUGGCACUAUCUCCAGCUGGGUUGUCAUCUUCAUCCUUCCCAUCAACAGUGCCUUGAACCCCAUCCUGUACACCUUGACCACCAGCUUCUUCAGAGAGCAGGUGGAAGUUUUACUCUGUCACUGGCAAUACUCCUAAUACUCUUCUGCCAGGAGGAGUAUUAUGUCUGAAGAAAGACCGCAAAAGCCUUACCUCGUCCACAAUCUUUAUGGAGACAUCACGGGGUCUGUGCUACCAGCCACCCAUUUACCUCCAGCAGGUGUCACUUAUAAGCGCAGAUCCUCUCUAUGCCUGAUGAUGUAUUUGUAAAGAUACAGCAUUUUGUAAGCUACUAGUCCUUUUUUAUUGUUUUACGUUCACAUUCACACCCACAUCCAGGAUAGAAUCACCAAAUAUCCUAACAUGAACAUAUUUGGACCCAAAUACAAAUAGUACCCAAAGAGAGCCCAUGCAGGCCAGACCUUUUUGCUUUGAGGCAAAAGACCUAACCACUGUUGCACUUCACCACUUGAAUUAAUAAAAUAUAAUGAACAUAAUAUAAAAAUUCAAGAUCUUACAACUGGUCCAGUCAUAAUUUAUAAAAUAUACUGUUAAUGUCAAGCCAUCCUGAGGAUGGCGCAGACCAUAAAAUGGGUGUCAAACAUAGGGCCCAGGGGCUAGAAUUGGCCAGGCAAAAACUCUAGUCCCAUUGGGCUGCUUUGGGGAAAUUGAAGGAGCUCAUAAAUCUUGGACUUUUUACAGCUUUUUUUCUACUGAUAAAAACCACGCUCCCCACUUCCUCCCAGUGAAAACAGAACUUUUUUAAUGAUAGGACACUCUGGGCAAUGAGCUACCAAAACUUUUUAUGUAAUUUUACACAUUUAUUUCUUACUGUCAAAGCCCAAAAGUCAUUCUGACAGAUUUCUUUUUAUUUACUUACAGCAGCAUUUCUUUAUCACGUAAAAGGAGAUGCCCAAUUUAAAUUGCACUUUUCAUUAAUCUGUUAAGAUAUAGGAGGGAUUAACUGUGCAGUUAACUUCUUUAAAACGAUAGAAAAGCGCAUUUCAGUUAAGAUGAAAAUGAGCUUUAUGUGGCUCAUGUAAAAUGAGUUUGACAUCCCUGCCUUAAAAUUCCUUAAGUCUAUCAAGAAAAGUGUUUAGAUGACUCUUGUAAAAUACACACAUAGAUCCUAAACAGUCCCUAUGGUGAACUUUUUAUGAAAUUUAGAAGCUGUGGGACAAACACAGAGAGACUGACAAAUACCAGUGGCAUAAUAUUAAUGAAGAACAUAUUUUAUAUACAGAGCUAUCCAGUUAAUCUCUGCUUACCUACUGGUUUCUUUUUUGUCUUGCCCUUUAAUUCCUCCAUGCCCAUCACUUUUUGGGUUUUUAUCAGCUUGUUUAACUAUCCUCAUAAUUCUUGGUUUCAUGUCAUAUUCUUCCAUUUACAUGUACUGUAUCUGCUUUGACUGAACUAAUGUUGAAACUGAACCAAUAUGGUGCUGGCCCUUUGUGCCAUAGUCAUGCUGUUUAAGAGAACUGUUCUGAACUCUUCAUUUGACUGACAACUUGGAUGAAAGCAUUUUGUACACGUAUGUCAUAUUACAUGUAAUUAACAAACUGACAAAUGAGGAGACUGAAUUGCGACACUCUCAACAUCUGCACAUGAGACUUUGGAGCUGGACUUUUCCAGAUUUCUUUCAUGUUUUGAUGACUGAUUUUUUUAUUUUUUUUUAUCAGUGCACCAAUGGACCUUUAAAAGCUCCUUUAACUUAGUGACAAUCAUUAAACGUGGAGGAGUUUAGACACUGAUGACAUGAAAAAGGAAAGCUGGACAGAUAAAUAAAAAUGGCUGUUUAAUACUUGCAUACAUUUCUCAUUAAUAUGCCAAGCAAUGGAAUCCUAACAAGGCCCUUAUUUCCUGUUAUGCUGUAUUGAUCUGCAUAUGUUUGUUUAGUGUAUAAAAUUCGGUGUGCUUUUUGAUGGUGUUUGUUGGUGUCAGGCUCUAUAUUGGU